AUGUUCAAUAUACAAAAUAAGCAACGAUGUAUUCUCAAUACCAGAAUCGACUUUUCUCAACCACUGCCGGUUAUCCUUCGAAACGGAAGGAUCCUAGAACCCGAUGACGGAGAUGGCCACAUCAUUUUGGGUUCUGGUGACGCGAUGAUGCUAAGUUGCGAAAACGGUGGUACCUUAGUCCAUCCGAAUACUAAAAGUCAAAGGGAAACGGCAUUGAUAUAUUGUGAAGUCAAUCAUUACUUUAAAAAUGAGGACUGGCUCAAUGCUCCAUCAAGUUUCUCAAAUUUUAGAUGUAAUAACCCUCCAAAUUAUCACAGCAAACGAACCGACAGGAUCUGCUUUGAAGGAAAUCCUGUAAUAGAAGUUGGAUAUACAGUCCUGAACGAUUUUUAUCCUGUGUUCGAAUCUUGUUUCGACGAAGUGAAUUUUAACGCGAUUUAUUCCAAAUACACUCAGAAACCCUACAACGCUAUGUACCAGACUAGAGUGGAACGGCCUUUCUUCAUAGAUAACAAUAACUAUAGGAAUAUUUCGGUAGACUUGCUGUUCUCUCCACGAGGUCAGAAAGCAGCUGUGGCUCAGUUAGUAGGACCUUUAGUCAAUUCCUAUAUAACAACGAGCUCAUUACUUUCAAGGGGACAUUUGGCAGCGAAGACAGAUUUUGUCUUCGCGUUUACCGAACGCGCUACCUUCCACUAUGUGAACUGCGCCCCACAAUGGACUGGGUUCAAUGGAGGUAACUGGAAUACAUUGGAAGUGGACUUGAGGAACCAUAUACACGCUGUGGGAUACGAUACAAUUAUUUAUACCGGCACGUACGGUGUAUCACAGCUAGUAGAUAAUUACGGACGCCGUGUGGAUCUUCACUUGUACACAGAUCAUAACAAUAAUCCAAUAAUACGAAUACCUCAAUACUUUUACAAGGUCGUGUAUGAACCGCGAACUAAAAGAGGAAUCGCGUAUGUCGGUAUUAAUAAUCCGUAUUAUACUCUAUCCGAGGCGAGAGAUUUAUUCUUCUGCGAGGAUAUUUGCAGGAAUACGAGUGGUUUUUCUUGGUUGACAUGGCAUCCUGACAAUCCUAUGGAGGGAUAUACGUUUUGCUGUACAGUCCCAAGUUUUAAAAAUACAGUACAUCAUUUGCCACCAUUCGAAGUUAACGGUUUGCUGAUAUAG